GUUUGAGGCUGUGUCGGGGGGGUCCGCCUGAUGUCAUUCGGCUGAAGGGGAGGCACAGCUAGUGGUGGGCACACGGGUGGAAAGCAUAACAAUAACGGCACCGAUUCAUCGCUCGUCUUGGGGCAUUUAAACUCACGGUGUUUUUAAAGCGUCUGGCUGAGGUCCGGAGCAAGAGAAGAGGAGGGCAGCUGGCUGGCUAAUGGGCUGAAAGUACCAGAUGCUAUUCCAGCAGAGAAGGAGAACGGACUCUCUUCAGCGAGACAGGGUGAUGGGUUCUCGUUUUCCUGACGGGUAACCGUGAACCUACGCUCGAAACGCGGAUAUUUCGGAGAGUGGGAACUCGCUCCUCAUCCCCUGGACUUCAGUAGGUGUGACAUUGUGUGUGAAAUGCCGUCGAGCAGCCUCUGGGCCGCAGCUCGGCUCACCGAGCCCGAAUCUGGGAAAUAGCUAGCUAGCUGUCUGCUAGCAGCAGCCGUACCCGAUGCUGCUGCUGCUGCAGCGGCUGCUCCGAAGCGGAUCCGAACCACAACACAACCAGUCCGGGGCCUCGGCGCAGAGCGAGCCUUUGUUUUACAUUACUGGACUUCAGCGGGCUUUUGAGAUGUGAUGCUUUUGUGCGUCACGUCAGAGCCUUUUGUAGCUGGAGGCUCGCGCUUGCUUGACGCGAAGGGGCUAACAUUGCUGCAAAAUGCACAGCAGACCCUCAACAGCAGGCUCCUGUUGAAGGGGGCGAGGUUGGACAGAUAACAGCCCACCCCGAGUCUCUCUGAACAGCCGGGGCGGGAGGGGGUCGGGUCACGUUUGGACAACCACUACCACAUUUCCCCCUGCGCCGAAAUUCACCGCUUCUUCUCCAAGCGACAUGGAUAAACUGACGAUCAUUUCAGGAUGCCUGUUUCUGGCUGCAGAUAUCUUUGCAAUAGCCAGCAUUGCAAACCCAGACUGGAUCAACACUGGUGAAUCAACAGGCGCUCUUACGGUCGGUCUUGUCCGGCAGUGUCAGACCAUACACGGACGAGAGCGGACUUGUAUCCCGCCGCGACUGCCCCCUGAGUGGGUCACUACGCUCUUCUUCAUCAUCAUGGGCAUCAUAUCCCUCACAGUCACCUGCGGACUGCUAGUUGCGUCGCAUUGGCGCAGAGAAGCCACCAAAUAUGCCCGCUGGAUUGCCUUCACUGGCAUGAUUCUGUUCUGCAUGGCAGCGCUCAUCUUCCCAAUAGGCUUCUACAUCAACGAGGUGGGAGGUCAGCCAUACAAGCUGCCCAACAACACGGUGGUGGGCUCCUCGUACGUUCUGUUUGUCCUCUCCAUCUUCUUCACCAUAGUGGGACUGCUGUUUGCAGGAAAAGUUUGCCUCCCAGGCUGAGAACUCCUCCACCCUGGCCUCGGGUCUGACUCUGGAGGCUCUGAAAGUAUUAUGGGAUUUCCAAAACUUCAGACUGAAAAUCAAAAAACGACAAACUUUUGCCCUCAAAACCCGAGACGGGGAAGGCGACGCUUACGUUUCAAGGGACCGCAGCUCUACGGAGAACUACUUAGAGAUGAAUAAAUGAACAAAACACUAAAAGGGGACAUGAGCACAACAGGAUGGAGGCUGUCGCAGUUCCCUACAGUUCGCUGCUGAUUUUAGAUACAGCCGAUUCUCUUUCUCCCUCUGUGUUGUCGCUCUGAUAGAACGGGCGCUUAAUGUGCCGCUGUCAUGGCAGCCGCAGUAACAACAAUGGCACACAUCUCCGAAGGACCACUACAACCACUCCUCGACUUGAUUUCCAACCGCCCCUCAGCACACAUUUGCUUCGUCAUGGCCGCUUCUGUUGCUAUUUAUAGCUUCUCUGUGCUAUUUUCAGUUUUCUGCUUUUUUUUUUUUCUCUCUGUACAAUUUCUUCUUUCCUUCUUCCAGCUCCCACCACCUCUCCGCUGAGGUAGUGUUAGUGUUGUUGAGGUUCUCUGAACUCAAUCCUUUAAACAGAAUCGGUUGAGGGGGGUGUGAAGUGUCUUUGUCUGCCAUAUUGCACGGCCCCAGGCGUGUAGCCGAGGAGAGCUGCUGUUACGGCUCACACUUUCAGCCUGCUGUGGAGGAGACAUAGAUGCAGGUGUGCUUCCUCUUCAUCUUAUCCAGUCUGGUAGGUUACCUGAACAGGAGGUCAAGCAUCAUAAAGGAGAAUGCCACUCAAUCCAAGACCAUGCAUAAUGUCAUUUCUGCAGGCAGCAAAGUAAUAGUUAGACAUCUCAGUUAAGCCGGUCAUUCUCUUUCACAUCUUCAACAUGAACACACCUCUUAUAUUUAUGACAUUUACAGCAAACAGAAUCUUCUCUAAGGUUGUAAAUCUCUGCACAUUGAGAUGGACCCCUAUAAUUUUGACAGUACAGAUUUUUUUUCCAAUAAAAGAUUAAGGAAACAUGUAAAAACUGAUAUUAAGUGGUAUUCUCCUUUUAAGUUUUGACGAUUGAUAAAACGUGAGCCGGGGAAGGUUUUUCUGAUCUUGUUUUGUAUGACAGUGAAGGCACUGGGACUGCAGGUCAGGUCCAUGCAUGGCGCUGUGCCUCGUAGUGCUGCUCGGCAGGUCUGUGAACGCAACACACACAAACACACCUUCACGCUGUGCACGGAAGCUGCAACAGUGGGUUUGCUUUCAUUACAAAAAUACUUAAGAUUCUUCUUCCUGGUUUUCACAAAAGAAUUCACGCCUCUAGAAACUUCAGUGUUGUGUUAGGGAGAUUUUAUGUGAAAGACGAACACACACAGGCAUAGUGAUGAAGUAGAAGGUUCAGCUUUAUUGUCCCUGCUGAUUAAAAGCUUCUCACCAUAACAAUACUGCCACUGCCAUGUCUUAGGCUUGAUGUCAUGCUGUCCUGUGAACAUUUACUCAGGUCACUUGUCUUUUGCACUGUCUAAGUGACUUCCCUCUUGAUUUUUCUUUAUUCAGUCUGUCUUCCCAUCAUCUAUCACCUUCUUCCAUGUCCCAGCUGAAGAAAAACUUGCCCCUUGUUAUCUUUGGGGUCAUGUGUUCAGGGCGUUGGUUUCCCACAAUGACCAAUAUUUCCAUGUAGCCUAAAAAAAAAAGUAUCUCAUUCAACCAGAAUUCCUCGUAGAUUUUAAAUAAUUAAGUCCAACUUUAUCCUUUUGAUACAUUUUAUGUGUCUUUAGUUAUUAAAUUGAAAACAGAACAUUUCUCAACUUGGUUUCAUAUAAAAUACUUUCACUCUGCAGCUGAAACUUUCUAGACAUCUGUCAAGAACUGCAUGCAAUAUAACACUUCUGCGUUUGCCGCAACAGCUUUCUUUGUCAGCAGUGUUCAAACGUGUUAAUAUAACAAGCUAUUACUGAGAGAAAAAAGCGGCGCAAGCGUGGAUGUUAAUGAGUAUUAAUAUUUGAUUCUAAUGCAAAAAUCGGAAAUAUUUUAAGCUCUUUUUUUGAAACAUCACAUUCAGUUUUAUUGUUGGACUUUCUGCUUUCACUGCCUUUCCUCAGCUUAAGUUAAUUCUGGGCUUCCAUUUGAAUAUUUUACUAAACUUGGACUUUCUGUCAGGAAGAGCCAUUGCUUAUCUGUUGAUCUCAAGUCGUACUCCAUCCUUCGACUAAUGCAAACACAGAAUUUCUCACUUCCUCUGGCUUUUAUUUAUGGAUCUGUGUUGCAUUAAAAUCAAUGUUCUUUACAAUAAAGUUCACAGUGAAAUAAGACAAGGAGGAACAUAUUUAUUGGUUCAGCUUUAUGCCUGUGUGAUGCAACACUUUUUAGGCUGUUUUCCUUCUAAUCUAGCAAUUUUUUCCUGUUGGACAUCUGAUGAGCUCCACGUUUUUGACAUUAGAAGGCCUCAUUGUCAUCACACAUUUUUGUUAGUGUCCUCCAUAGAUUUUCUAUUGGAGAGAAACAUGUUUAUAUUUCUUGCAAUCAGAAUAAACAUUAGUCAAAUAAAAAAAUACAAAAUUAAAGCCUAAAUCUGCCAUUUACUUAAGAGGAAAAUUAACUUCAUUUUAGAGUUGCACUGUAUAUUAAACAGUAGUCACCAAUGCAAUAGAAAUGUGUGCAUUGUUGUCGUUACAAAGGACAACCUGCUUGCAGAAUUUGGUAGGAAAAGCUAUUUGUUUACCAAAAAAUAAAAAAAUUGGUUGGGCUGCUGGGAAUACUUUUACAAUACAAAGAAAGACUGAAAAUGUUUGGCUAGUCAUGAUUUAUAUUGUCAACACAAUAUUUAGCACUAAUUUCUCAGACGUAUUUAAAUGUAAAAAGAAAUAUUUUUAGGGUUUAAAAAAACCCCAAAAUGCUCUUUUCAGUGCAAAAAAGCUCUUUCUGUUUCUAAACUUCAGGAUAAAUCAAGAUGGAUCGUUAUAAUUUCAGCUGUAAGCAAAACAGACUAGACUAUGAGUUAUUUUCUGUAAUCAACAACCCAAUAACAAGACGUAGAAAUAUGCACAUGCAUAUUUCUACAUUCGCCGCCUUUUCAAGUGAUUAAUAACAGAAGACAUUAAUUUAAUCCUGUUAAUGUUUUGCUCAUUAAUCAUUGCCUUUACAAACACUUUGCUCUGUCUUGCCUAAACAUGCUUUCUAUCUCAGGCAUGGAGUGAUUUCUAUAAGUUUCAAACUGAAGCUUCUUCCUCAUCUGAUCAUCUACCAUCGAAUCACUUUGGAUAGUAGAUGGCCUCCCUGAAGUUGUUUAUGUUUAAGCACUCUGAAUCGGGCAUCAUAUAAGCUACUGAGACGCAGAUCUUUCAUUCACCGUGUGUGUUUGUGUGUGUUGAAGCGGUCACAGCCGCUCUGUUUGCUAAGUCUUAGGUAUUUGUUUUCUAUUUCUGUUUCCUGCUCGGCUUCUCUGCCUCUCGGUCUGAUGAUGUGUACUGCUAAACUAUACACUCUGCCUCUGGUUGGUCUAGUAUUGUGCCAUGACCUGUUUCUGUUUAAUAAUGUACAGACACAAAAAAGGCAAGAUUUCUGUAUUAGGAAGCACUGUGCGUUCAACAGUAUAGGUAACAGACAUAGAAGCACCACAAAUGUAUAAAAAAAAGAGAACUUCUUACCUCAUUGUUUUUUUGUUUCUGCUAUUAUUUUCUAAUGGUGGCAACGUGUGUGCCCUCUAAUUUGUCUCUUGCCUUGAUCGGAUGUCUACACAUAAAGCCUAUGUUGAUAGGAAAUUAUUUAUCACUGAAUAAAAAGAGAAAAAUGGG